AAAUAAACGAAAAAGUUGAGUGACUCUAAACUCGUUCAAUCACCGCCUGCUCUCUUUAUAUCUUCCUCCUGUUGUACUAAACUGAUAGCUUCAAUCUUAAUUGUCAUAUUUUUGUGGAAAUUCACUGAAGGUUAGUCUUCCUAUUUCCUUCUUUUGUAAUUCUUUUUCCUUGGAAAUAAUGGUUAUUGUAGCUGAUAUAUUGACGAACUUCCCGGGAAAUUUUGUAAUAUUAAAUGGGUUGUCUUGCCGUCAAUGUCUACAUAAUCAGGAUAAUAGAGCUAGGUACUAUGUUGUGUAUAUGAAUUCAAAUGCUCUAAAAUUCCAAAAACAGACUCAUUUCCAUGAAUUCAAUACCAGAAUUGCAGAUAUUAAUAUUAAUUUUCAUGGGUUAGGACCAAGAUUAUGCCAUAUUAGUUCGUUCGAUAAACCUGGAAAAACUCGAAAUUCUGUCAAUUUUAAACUCAUGGUUGCUAGUGUUGAACAUGGAUUAGUUUCUAAACAAGGAGAAACUCCUUUUGUUGAGGAUGAAGUUGAAGAGAAACAAUGGUCUUUUCGGAAUUUGGAUUGUGGCAAUGGAAGUUCUAAUUGUCUUUCGUUGGCUUUGAAAGAGGGUGAGAUGAAGUUAUAUUACCUAGAGGAAAGAGAUGAAGUGGCAUUGUCGAAACGAAUAUUGGGUCUUAGCCGAAACAAUAAACGAACGAGUGCUUUGCAAUUGUUUAGGUCGAUGGAGUUUGCGGGCCUACGAGCUGAUUUACAUGCGUGUAAUUCUCUAUUAGCUUGUCUUUCGAGGAAAGAUAUGGUGGAUGAUAUGCUGAGAGUGUUUGCGAUCAUGAGGCGUGAUAAGAUUCUUUCGGGGCAUUCGUGUAGCUUAGUAUUGAAAGCCGUUGCAAGUUGUCACGGUAGUGAUAAAGCCUUGCAAAUGUUUGAUGAAUGGGAAGUUGAAAGUGAGAUGAGAAACUAUUUUGAUGCAAUUGUUUAUAAUACUAUGAUAUCUAUUUGUGGGAAGGAGAAUAGAUGGGUUCAAAUGGAGAGGGUUUGGAAAGCUAUGAAGGAAAAUGGGAAUAUUGGGACAGCAGUUACGUAUCGUAUUCUUGUUUGUACCCUUGUGCGAUGUGGUCAAUACGAGAUUGCUAUUGAUGCCUAUGCUGAGAUGCUUCAGAAUGGAAUAAAACCUGAGUAUGAUGCAAUGCAGGCUGUGAUAGGUGCGUAUUCGAAAGAGGAGAAGUGGGAUUUGGCUUUAAGUGUGUUCCAAAGUAUGUUGAAUUAUGGAUUGAAGCCAAAUCUAAUUUCUUGUAAUGCCUUGAUAAACUCACUAGGGAAAGCUGGUAAGCUGAAAGAAGCAUUUAAGGUUUAUAAGCAUAUAAGAUUCUUGGGCCAUACACCUGAUUCAUACACAUGGAAUGCCUUGCUUUCCGCUUUCUAUAGGGCUAAUCAAUAUGUGAAUGCUCUUCGAUUCUUUGAUAGCAUACAGAGAGAUGGGAGCUUGAAACCAAACUUACAGAUAUAUAACACUGCUUUAAUGUGUUGCCAGAGGCUUGGAUUUUGGGAUAAAGCUCUCAAGUUUCUUUGGAAAAUGGAAGAUUUGGAAAUAUCGGUGUCAACUGAAUCAUACAAUAUAGCUAUUGGUGCUUGUGAGGUUGCUAGAAAGCCAAAAGUCGCAUUACAGAUUUAUGAGCACAUGGUUCAUAAAAAAUGUGCCCCUGACACUUUCACUCUUUUGUCACUAAUCAGAAGCUGCAUUUGGGGAGAUUUAUGGGAUGAAGUGGAGGACAUCUUGAAUGAGUCAACAGCUAAUGUGUCUCUUUAUAAUGCUGCAAUUCAUGGAAUGUAUCUUAGAGGGAGGGUCGAGUCAGCCAAGAGGCUGUACCUGAGAAUGAGAGACAUUGGCCUUGUACCUGAUGGCAAGACAAGGGCAUUAAUGCUUCAAUGUAUGCAACAGAAAAUUAAGUUAAGGCUGUUGAAAAAGAGCAGGAAUAGGGCCAAUCCCUACUGUACUAAUCUCGCAACUGGAGAGGCGAAGCCAGCAUUACCAUCAGAUAGAUCUUGCUACCUGUUUCUUUCAGCAAGUAUAGAGAGUCAAAUUUUAAGCAGUAAAGAUUAUUUAUGCUUUCAAAUGGCAGAUUUCGGUGCUUUCAGAUUAUAAUAUAUCACUGCUUGAAAGGUCAGCAGUGCUGCAAAAGAGAGAAGUGGAAGGGUGAACCAGAAGUAGAAGUUACCAGUAAAAAUGGCAAAUUGAUUGACAUAGUAAUAAAGGGUAUAUUGGUCAAACACAUAAUUUUUAAUUUGUAGUUGUUAGAACAAUGUUGAUAUUAUUUCCAGAUGCGGAAUUGGUUAGAGUCAGAUUGGACAGCAUAGAUGGACAAGUGGCAGUCUUCAACUGGAAUCUGUAGAGGUCUGUGACAUGGUUUCCUUGUAUGAAGUAUUAGCCCAUAAGCUGCAGCAGGUUAUUUCAGAUGAGGAUGUUUAAUUCUGUACGUAGGGAAGUACACAAACUCAUAAUAAUUGAAGAGAAGAGAAGGAAGGCAAAGAAAACGAAGAGUGACGUCUCGACUCUUUCAUGGAAGACACUGGUGAAAACAGAGCUCUACUAAAAUUAGAUAGAAGAUCUUGAGUUUUUUAUCAUUGAAGCCAGCAAUGGUCAAGAAAAACCAUUUUCUAAGCUCUCAUUAAAAUGGUUUCUUCCUGUUGGAAUGAAGUUGAAGUGAAGUUCAAGGGGAAGCUUCAGGCGCUUUUAGGUGCCUUUCAAUCUUUUAUGAUAGUGAGUACAUUCUUCACAGUUCAAUAGGUGAAGAAAUUGUUGGGUACACUUGGAAUGUAUUGCAUUAAGGAUGAUGGAUCCAUGUAGCUGUUAAGUUCUGUUGCUUCAACUAUCCAGCUUCAUUUCUACGCUUAUCUCUGCCUUCCUGAUUCAUCUGGGAGAUAAAUUUCGAUCAGUCAGUUUCUGUCCAGCUGCUAUGUUGUCGAAUAUUCUGACGGCGCUGCUGAUCCUAAUAUUGUUGGAUGCUCUGAUGUGUGCUUAUUCAGUUGUCCUGCUCCUAACGUUGUUGGACAUGGAUGUUGGGGCUGAUUCAAUCUUUUCAUGUUGAUUGUUGAUGCUGAUAUAAUCUUUCAUGUUGGUGCUGAUUUAUUGAGAUAUUGACACAUGUUUGUUAUUGAGAGAAGUGGAUUUUACAAUUAUUACUAUCAGACCUGUUGUAUCAUGCUCAGCCCAUUUUAUUUAGUCUUUGGAAAAAAUGAUAACAAUAAUCCCGACUAUGGUCGUCUCGUCAUGCUAUUUAUAAUCUCAAUCACAGAGUCAUUCUAAAAUAAUCUAAUUCAUUGGAAUUGUCUUCUAAAAAUACUCAAGCUAACUUGUAGGAACCAGCUUAAAAGAUUUAAAAAAAUACGAUCUUAUUGGUCAAGUGUAUUUCUUUUUCUUUUUCAUCGUUCAUUUAUCUCUCCUCAUUCUCCUUUCUCCUCUUGGCUCUUGCAAGCAGUUGCUUAACCCAACCACCUCCAUCCGAACGACCAUGAUUCCACCAUCCAACCCCUUGCUCAAGUCUUCCAUCACCACAAAGCCACCUCCUGCACAUUUACGCAUACAUCUUCGGACCGUUUGCAAAUAAGGAUCCAGCUGCAAGGUACUCAGCGAAAGAAAGUCACUAAUUUCCUUGUUCAAGCUAGCCUUGUGAAGAAGAAUCUGGUCAAUAUACAAAGAUGAUGUAUUGAGCUUUGAAGCUGGCCUUGUGAAGAAAGAUUAGAAUGUCGCUAAUUCAAGCCUUGGAUUUAUUGAAUAUGAGUUAAUAAGAUACAAAGACUCCAAACAAGGAAUACAUAUGGUUUCCUUUUAGAAGUGCGACGAGUAUAUACUAGAACAACACCUUGACAAGUGUUUCAACAAGUCUGGGACCAAGAGAGUAGAAUCACAAUCUUUGAACAUAUUUGAAGUCAAGUAGGGAAUUCAUCAGAUGUUUGGGAAGAAUUGAUGUAUAAUCAUUUUUAAUCAAUUAAGGACGAUUAUUGAUUUAUUUCUUUAUAAUUUAUUCACUUGCCUUUAUUUUUUCAAUUAAUACACAAAUGCAAAUAUCAACAGUGUAGAUGUGCUUUAAUGACCAUGAAAAACAGAAAACGGAAUAUAAGUUAAUCUAUACAAAUAUAUUAAAAGACGUGCAUAAAUAAGAAAUUGUCCACAUAUUGUGUAGUAUAGGGUUUAAUUCCGAGACCUCAAAUACAUAUCCUAAAGUCUUAACCACUAGGCUAAGUUUUAUUUAGUGUUAUUAUUAUAAAGUAUUAUAUUAAUAAAUGAAAUGUUUUCUUACCCGAGGCAUAGCUUGGGCCUAAUAACUAGUUAAAUAUUAAAAGAGGUACUAGCAUAACAACAAAAUUUUCUCCUCUAAUAUUUGAUUCUGGGAAAGAAACUUUCUGUGAAUAGUGUGUACAAGAUAUUUGAAGUGUAAUUUCUAAGCAAAAAAAAAAAACUACUGUACCGCUUUUAUAUACCAUAGUCUCACAACCUUGGGCACAAAUCUAUAUGCAAUAUGAGGUCGA